AUGCUAGACAAUGACACUUUAUCUUCAAAUGGAACUAGUUCUUCGUCUAAUACCAAUUCUACGAAUGAUACAUCGAUAUCUAGUACGAAUUCAUCAUCUGAUUAUAUUGCCAAUGGUACAAGUGCACUUGACGAUGAUAAUGGGACUGUUAUAACAGUUUUGCCAAGUGGAGUAAGUACUAUGGACUUUACUUUUGAUAAUUUGACUACAACUUACUUAAAUCUAACAACUAUUGAUCCUAUUUAUGGAAACGAAAGUGCUACAACAUCAGUGAACAAUGAUACUGCUUCUGAAGUUGGAACGAGUACUUUGACUGUUGAUACUACUGAGAGUAAGUUUUUUCCUAUUUUUGUUGUACUAUAAUAUGAUUACCGGACUUUAAGUCCUUUUUUUGACCUAUGAUUAUUAUUUUUUAUUACUCAUACUUCAGUUAAGUGAAUUUCAUAAAUUUAAGUUUUUCUUAUCAAUUUUUAAUAAUAAUUUAAUUUCAGCCACAACCGUUUCAAACAAAUUAGAAGAAAUCGACUGGGAGCAAUAUUACGAUAGGUUUGUGAUGAGUGAAGACAUAGCCAAUGAAAUUCUACAGAAACAGAUGAAAACAAGAGAGGCCAAGGUCAGAGAAAAACUUGACUAUUAUGAAAAUUGGGUUCGUAAUCAAGGUGCUGCACUGUAAGUAACUUUUCUUUGAAGUCGAUGGGUGGGAUUUUUUAAAUUUUAUUUCAAUUUUUUUAUUUUUCAAAGCUUGGAUUUGGGGGUAAAUAGAGGAAGGGAAUGAGUAACGCACCGAACCCACUUUUGAGGUCCGGCCCAGACCUGGUGCUCAACGUUUAGGGCUGGGUCGUUAACAAUUACACGGAGCUACUUUUCAAUACUAAUUCUUGGUCUGGCACGGCUUGUUUUUACCUUCACUCAUUGAUCGCUAUUUGUAAACCUCUCUUUUGUUUCAGACUAGCCCUACCAGCCUUUAACAUGCUGAUUCUAAUAAUAAUGGGCGUGUCAUUCCUAGCAAGCUUCAAACCGCGUAAGAAACCAUCUGUUCCUGAAAUGGUCUACUAUAUUCAUCAAGCAAUGAUUCCAUAUAUGAAAUUAGAAACAGCAGAGGAGACAGCAACAACUCAAGUUCCUACUCCCAAUCAUGGUAAAGUACGUCAGUUUUUCAACAGAUUGACACGUCGUAAGUUAGGAAAAUAGUCCGCUGCUAUUAAUAAUUGGAUAAUAAAAUCCUUUUUUGUCAACUCUGGUCUUUGAGAAUUGUCUUAACUUAUAUUGUGAUAGGCUUUGAUUGUUAAAUAAAAAUCUACGAUUUGGAUUUUUAAAUGUUUUAAAAUAAUUUUUAAAAUUUUUGUGUCUUCAAAUCUCCACACCGCCGAAAAACGUCUCGGCCCAAACUUGCGGUACUUAAAAAUGCGUCUUUCUUAUCCUUUACAAACCUUUCGGCAAUGAGCUGUUCCCUUUAUUCCCUGGUUCCCAUGAAAAUGUCGGAAACCGGGGCCAACCAGUACUUGUAACACUCGUUAAAGGAUUCGGCCCAAGGUAUCGAAAUGGCCUUCCGCCGACGCAAACAUAAACGCCGGAUGAAUGACGAUCCGCUCGCGGGUUUGGGCCGCUGUUUUUUGAUUUUUUGGGUUUUUGGAGAGGGAGGGGGAAGUGAAAAAAUUGGGUUUUUGAGGAGAGGGGUAAAAAUAGGUGGUUUGAGGGGGAGGAGGGAUAUAGAUAAUGUGAGCUAUAAAAAGUUAUAGUAAACUUUCUUUAGAAUCAGGAGGAAGAAUUUUUUUUAAGAAUAGGCUAUUAAAGUACUAAUGUGUAUAAUAGGAAGCAGUGGAAAAAUUUUUUAAAAAAUUUUAAAUUUGUAUGUACUGCCUCGUCAUAUUGUCUAUAUCAUCCCAUCUUCAGCUCUACAUGUCAUUUGUUUAAAGAUUCUAUUAUAGUCCACUGUCUAUAUUAGAGUAGACUUAUACGAACAGGACUGUUUCCGACAGUUCGCGUUUGUAUAAAUAUAAAUUUAUGCAGCCCUAGGCUUAUUACAAGUCGGGCCUUAGGAGCUCUCAAGUGCCAAUUUCCAGAAGACGAUAGAUGGUGGUCUGUAAACGACAGGAAGGCCUUGAGACUAAUCGUUUCGGAACCUCUUUUUCUCCCUUUUUCCGACAUCUGAAGGGUUUACGGUGGAAGGCUUCGAAUUGCUGCAGAGAUCCGCCAACUACCGGCCUAAGGGGGUUUACACAUAACUGGGCGGGUGUGACGUACUUUAGGAAGGUUUUAAUAGGUUUUCUUAAAUUGGUUGUUUUGGAGGGUAUUGGUAGAUUUUUGUGAAAAUUAGUGAUUUUAUUACACCAAGGGUUAACUUUUUCUACAGUAGGCUUUUGGUUUAGUAAGAUCAGACUUUAGGUUGAUUAGAGAAAAGGGAGACGGGAUGAUGAGUGGGAAGUGAGUCCCAAAUGGAAUUAUUAGAGGCCCGCGGUCAAAAUAAAAAUGAAAACUUUUUCUACUUUUUACUUGUUAUACGUGGUUCCUUAUCACUGCUACUAAUCAUAAUAAAUUCUGUCAAUAAAAUCUUCAAAAUUAGAUAUCAAAAAUUAAAAGUACAAAAAACCACCUUGCCACGCUAAAAAAGAACGUUACAUUUGAGAUGUAAACAUGAAGAGUAGGCGUCUCAACUUUAGCCACAUCUAGGGUUUCAUUACGUUGAGGUCACAAACCUAAAUUUUUAAGGAAACUCCGUCUCUAACUUAUCACUAAAAGGCUGUAAAAACUAGUAUUUUCUGUUAUUUUUGGCUAAAAAUUUCUAUAUUUGCUGAUUUUUAUAAUAAAAUCUAGCUUUAAAUUAGUCAAAAGUAUUCUGUGUUUCGUAUCUUACAAAUUUCGGAUUAGUUAGCUUAUGUACUUGAAAUCUAACCAAGUAAUUGACUUUAUUGAGCUGGAUGAUGUGCGAUGGGUAAGAUUUCAAAAAUGAAUAUUAAAAUUUUUUAUAAAAAAUAGCCAUAUAUUUUAUAAAAUACGGGAAAUAAUUGGAUGUAUAGUAAAGUAAGUAAAAUUUCAUAUUAUUAAACGUUGCAAAAUAAAUAAAUAAAUAAAAGUAAGGCAUGCUACAAAAUUAUAAAUUACUUGUUUUAUUGUAUAAGUCUUUGCACUUUUAUCUCAAUAUUAAUUUGACAUAAUGGUCAUUGCCAAAAAAACGUUUGAUUAAUUUGAGGCUUUUGACGUGGCACAAAAAGAAAAUAUUUGAGGUUUUUAAAGCUAGGUUUAUAUGUAGUGGAAUUUAUAGUUGUCAAAGAAGAACAACUUACAGGAGUUUGGCUGUAUAUGUCAAAGAUUUUAUGAUUUUGAAUAUUUGUAUGAUAAUGCUGUGUAAAAUACGGAAUUCUUUGCUAAUUUGAGUAAAGCAGUAGUAGACAGAGUAGUACCAGAGUAUAUGAUAAUCUUAAUAUCAAUCAAAAAUAAAUUUUAUAGGUCUAGGGUACGUCUAAGGAAAUAGGGUAUGUCUAAGGAAAUUGUUAAGGUAGGGCUUAAAAAUAGCUUCAUAUAGUUAUAUUAGAUUGCAGUUAAUAAGCUUAGUAUCGAUCAAAACUUGUAUAGGUUUAGAGAUGGAGCUAAGGAUACGUCAUGGUAAGUGCAUGAUAAGGCUUAACAAAUUUUUCGAAGUGAUUAAAGAAAAAGAAGUUAAGAAUAAGAUAAAGCAAGGUUUUUUAUUUUAGGUACAGUUAAAGUAAGGGGUGGGUAAUGGGCGUUAUUCUUGAAAUUAAUCACGGCAAUUUAGUAUAACGUAUGAUACGUAAUUACCGAACACUUUAUACUCAAUUUACCGUGAACUUUAUACUCGAUGAAACAUUUAUUGUGUCAUUCGAGCUCGUCGGGGCUUUGUCCUCCUGGAAAGAAGUUUGUCGCGGAAAACGUGAAUUCGAUGGAGCCGAAGGAAACAGCGGCGCGGAAACAAGAGAAGGCCGUCUCGGCCAAACUUUUACCUUUUGCAUCUGAUAUGAAUAUGAGAUUUGGGCACGGGGUGUGGGAAAAUUAAACGUGUUUUGUGAUCAUUGAGAAUUCAAAAAAUUCGGCUUGAAAUUGGAAAAAAAUUGGCUAGUAAUAGUUCUUCAAAUUUUGAUGAUUUAGAGCAUAUUUUUAUAGCUUUGUCUACUGUAAUAUUACAAUUAGUACUGUAACCUUAAUUUUUAAAGUUUUUCUUUAAUUAAAAAAAAUAACUUGUUUCAAAUUUUAGAAUAAAACAUCAAAAUACCACCAGAAGGUUCUCGAAACGAUGGGUUUAAUCCAAGACUUCAUCACAACAUACCGGUCGAACAGGAAAAUCUUACUGCUUAUCGUAUAUGUCGCUCUGUUUUUGGAUAACAUGUUAUUGACUACAGUUGGUAAGGGUUUUUUGUAAAAUACGUCAAAGGGCAUGACUUUUCAUGAUUAAGUUAUUUUUAAAAAUAAUUUUGUGAUUUUUGAAAAAAUUACUGUGGUAAGCAGUUUUUAAUAGUUACAGUAUUUUUUUGGCAAUUACUAUAUCUAAAAUGAUAUCAUGUUUUACUAAAAAGUUUAAAAAAAAUUAAAUAGUACUGCAUUUUUAUACUAAAAACUUCGAUUUCAGUACCAAUCAUCCCAGAGUACCUACUACGAAUGAGUCAUCCAAAUAACACUGAUGAGUUACUCAACAACAACAUAAAGGUACCGCCACAUCAUGGGCGUGGUAAAAGGGAGGUUGAUUGGAAAGAUUUAGGAGAGCUGGAUGAUACUUGGGAUGAGCCUGUACCUGGUAAUGGAAUGUUCAAUCCUGAUGAAAGUGAUGAGGAUUAUGUAAGUGUAACUUUUUUUUGAAUUUUUUAAAAGUUAUAUUUUGAAAGCUUUGUUUGUUACCUAUAAUGUUAUAUUAUAGAAACGUCUUGUCGUUUUAACGUAUUUUAUUGCUCCUAUUUCAGUACGAAACAACAACAAGAAGGUCCAAAUACAAAUCAAAGUCAAAAUCAAAGUCCAGAUCAAAGUCGAAGGGUAAAAGCGGGUCAGUCAAAGGCUACAUGUAUCCAGCGACGACGACAGAAGCAUAUGAUGAGAUAGAUGAACAGAAAUACAUCGCAGAAGCCAAACGAAGAAGACACGAGACAUUGGCAAAUGAAAAUGUUCAUGUUGGCUUUAUGUUUGGGUCAAAAGCGUUGGUACAACUGAUCGCUAAUCCUAUGGUUGGGCCUUGGACUAAUAAGUAAGUUUUUAAUUUUUGGCAAAAAAUUUUUUUACUUUUUUUUGAAUUUAAAAAAUUGUUAAAUUUUUAAAACUACAGUAACUUGUAAAAUUUUUAGGCUUAUUUUUACAAAAAAGAAUUUUUAAAAAAUGUUUGUUUUUUUUAAGUUUUAAAAUGAAAAAUAUUCAGAAUUGGCUACACGAUACCCAUGUUCACUGGCUUUGUUGUGAUGUUCUUAUCAACCGCAUUGUUUGCUUUUGGAUCAUCAUUCUUCACAUUAUGGAUCGCGAGAGCUCUACAAGGCGUUGGUAGUGCAUGUACUAGUACUUCUGGUGCGUUUUUUGAAAUUUUUUAAACCUGUAAACAUGAAAAUUCAAAAAAAAUUUUUUUUAAUUUUAUUUUUUAGGCAUGGGAAUGCUAGCUCAAGCCUAUCCAGAUGACGCUGAACGAGGCUCAGCCAUGGGCAUAGCCCUAGGCGGUUUAGCUCUAGGUGUCCUAGUAGGACCACCUUACGGUGGUCUACUCUACCAAUGGGCUGGAAAAGAACUCCCCUUUGUAUUACUAGCUCUAUUAGCCCUAAUGGAUGGUACUCUACAAUUCAUGGUACUACAACCAAAAGUUGAUCGAGGUGAACCGGAAGGUGCUGGACUGAAAGAACUAUCCAAAGAUCCGUAUAUUAUCAUAGCAGCUGGGUCAAUUACCAUUGGCAAUCUGGGUAUCGCCAUGUUGGAGCCGUCGCUGCCUUUGUGGAUGAUGGAGAGCUGGGGAGCUGGCUCUUUUGAGAGGGGAGCUGCCUUCUUGCCUGCUUCAAUAUCUUAUCUUAUUGGUACCAAUAUAUUUGGACCAUUGGCUCAUAAGAUUGGCAGAUGGCUGAGCACUUUUAUUGGACUGGUUGUUAUUGGAUUCUGUCUUCUUAUGGUAGGUUAUGAACUUUGAAAAGUGGUUUUUAUAACAUUGUUUUAUCCUUGCCCAAAAAAAUUCUGUUUUUUUUCUCCCACGCCCUGAUUUAAUAUUUUUUGACAUAGCUUGUCAUUUAUCUCCAAGGAAUCGUAUUUUACCUAAAAAAAAAUCAAAAAAUUCUUCAGAUUCCUUCGGCAACCUCAGUAGGCGGCCUGAUAAUCCCCAACUUCUUCAUGGGCUUCUCAAUCGGCAUGAUCGACUCAUCAAUGUUCCCCAUGAUGGGUUACAUCGUAGACCUCCGGCAUGUUGGAGUAUAUGGCUCUAUCUAUGCCAUUGCUGAUGCCGCCUUCUGUUUUGCCUUUGCUGUAGGACCAUUUAUCAGUGGUCCGUUGGUACGAUCAGUCGGAUUUCCAACCAUGUUGUACAUUAUUGCUUUCAUCAACUUUGCCUAUGCUCCAUUGAUGUUUGUGCUUAAGAAACUGCCAAGAACAUUGCCUGAGGAAAUGAAAGAAGCUAAGGAGGGGUUGGAGAACAACAAUAAUCAACCGGCUACCUUCAGUAUUCAAAAUGUAGGUAAAGACUAGGAAGUGGAGCAUAGAUAAGCUUCUAUUAGGUUGUUCAAAUAAUCGUGGGCCCAUAAUUCCGAAUAUUUGCUUUGGGGCACAUAAUUAUUUGAACAAUUUAACGGAAAAAAAGUUAAAAAUCUAAAAAUUGUUACCUAUUUUUUUUUAAUUUAAAAAUAAAAAAAUAUUUCAUUUAAAAAAAUUUUAGGGCCAUUCCCAGCCUCUAAAGCCAACGGUAGUCCACAAUACGAAUCCAUUUGCCCAUGAAGUUAUUCCUGGGCUGAAUGAUCCGUCGAUAAAAAAGCUAGCCACAUCUCAAGGUUAUCAAUAUGAUCCUUGGGAUGAGUAA